UCCGGCUGUGCAGAGAGAGCUUUCGGAGGGAUUUGUGCUCAGCAUCCCUCUCCCUCCUGCUCCCCAUCCCUGGCCGCGGAUAGGGAGGAUCUGAGAACCAGCAAAAUACUUCUAUUUUUAAUUUUUUAAUUUUUUUUGGGGGGGGUGGAGGAGGAAAGAAAUGUGGAAAAAGCCUUUUUGUGCUGUGGAUGUGUGUGCUGUGCCAUGGCUGUGGUCAUCUCGUACACGGGAAAUGCAGAGCCCAGCAGAGCAAGCAGCAGCUGUUUCAGCCGGGCCGGGCACGGGAUGUGGCUUGGAUCUGCUGCCAUCCUUCAGCAAGGGGCCAGGGACCGCUUCGUCCUGUGGUUUCGGGAGGGUUUCAUCCGGCAGCCUGCAAGGUGAGGGGACAGUUCAUCCUCCUGCAUCUGUGUCCUGCUGCCUCUGUGCUCUUCUCCACCUCCAAGCACGCUCCACGUCCGUGCUUCUUUUCCAAGGCGAGAAGAUUUGGGAUUGUGCUUGCUCAUCCUUGUUCUGAGAAUCUUAAGGCUUGAACCAAGGGACAAAGGCUCCCCCUUCUUAUUUGCACCAUUCAGGCUGGAAGUAAGUUAAUUCAUUUAAUUUGUGCCCCAGGUGUGUGCCAUCAAGGCACAGGAGGGAAGAAAAGCAUCUCGGUGCCUCUUUUGCUCAUGCUCAAAUAACUCCAUGAGGUCCUGGCUGUUCUUUGCUCCUGCCUCCCACGGGGCUGUGCAGCGGGGUGCCGUGCCAUGGGGUGCUUUGCAGUGCGGUGAGGUGCUGGGCUGUGCAAUGCACACCCAACUUUGACAGUGGCCAUGCACCUGGAGAGCUGCAACGUGAUGCUUCAGGCCCCCAAGCUGCGCCAUCGGAGCAUCUCCAUGCACGGACCCAAGCUCUGCACCAGCACCUGGACCUCUGCGCCUCCCCAGGGUGCUGUGUCUGGAGGAAGAGCAUCACCAGAGUGGGUGUGGGCCAGAGCCAAGGGAGGUGACUGCCCCGAAGACCACAGCACCGCUCGAGGCCUCAUUUCCUUUGUGGCCACAGCAUCGCCGAUGCCUUGGCGGAGAGCUGGAGGCUGUCCGGCGUGGUGGCUGCAGCCUUCGUCACCGUGGCUCUGGGCGAUGGAGGAUGAGGAGGGCUACACCAUGCUGAAGUUUGGGGCGAAACGCAGCACCCCACAGAGGAAGCAAGGCAGUGGGAUGGCAGCUGCAGUUUCCUGUUCAUCUGCGGUGCCGUCGUGGGGCCGGAUGGAGACACCUUGCUCCCCCCAUCCCCUCUGCCCCAUGACACAGCUGGGCUGUGAGGGUGGGCACGAUCCAGGCUCAUCUCAUCCCACAGGAUCCCCUCGAUGCCAGUACCUGGUCGCCAGCACCGGAUGGGCUUUGAGCACUGGUUUGGCUAUAGCAGUGAUAACCCUGGGGCUGAGAGUCUGGCAAUUGCAUGGCUCAGGACAGUGCUAUGUGACUCUCAACACAUCAGCCACCGAUGCUGAAAACUGGGAGAAUGGAUGCAGAGGCUGCCUGGAGAGAUUUCAGCUCCAGCUGAAAACAGCCCUGUGCAACGCACCCGAGAUGGAUGGCAGAGAGUGCCGGCUGUGUCCCCGGGACUGGUUGCAGCACGGGAACUGGUGUUACUGGGUGUCCCACGAGAGCCGGGACUGGCAGAGGAGCCGGGACGACUGCGCCCAAAAGGGCUCUGCCCUCUUCAUCAUCCGGAACCGGGAGCAGAUGGUGCUCCAGGAUGUCACGCAGGGAAGGGGCUACGUCUGGAUCGGGCUGGCGGUGACAGGGGCCAAAGGCACCUGGACGUGGCUGGAUGGCUCCGUGCUGGACACCAAGCAUGCAAUUACAACCAGAGAGAACUGUAAAAGGAAGCUGGCUUGAAGCCUGUGAUCCCAAGAAGCUCCAAGAAACUCCGGCAUCCUCUAAGGUGGUCGAAAAACCACCACUUUCAGGUAAAGAAAAAUCCCAAAUAACAAUACCACGGGCCUGACCCUGUCCUCCUGGGCAGGUUCCUCUCUGUGGGCUUCUCCACAAGCCCUUGGUGCGCCGCAGCCAGAUGCUUUCGCAUCCCUCCUGAAGGCGAACGUCCUCUUAUGCCACGAGCAGAGCUGCUCCUCCUCUCCGCCUCCUUCCAGCCCCAAGAGCUUCAGCUUCUCCGCUAAAUGCUCCAGGUGGAGUUUGGGCUGGAAAUUCCCCUUCCUGAGGUGGUUUCGGUGGCUGAUGGCCUCGGCAUCUCCGAGCCUUCCUCGCUCUGGACAGGAUUUGGCCGUGCCACCUCCGCAGCUCAGGUGCUCAGGAUCUGGCCGAUGCUUCGGGGCGAUGUGGUGGGCGCCUUCCUCUCCCCUUUCCCUUGCUCGAGAAGCAGCUGAAGCCAUGGGAGCAUCUCCAGCCUCUUCCCUUUCCCUUCUCCUCGCCACCUGUACUGGGGUGAAAACACAAAAGGUCUCGGCACGGGUGGAGGAAGGAGAAGCAGUGGAGGGAGGCUCAAAACUCUUCUAGAAGGUGAUUUUUGGAAGGGAUGGAUCGUCUGCUAGCAAGCCCUUUUUUUUUUUUUUGUCUUUUGCUACUGAUGUGGAUGUUAACAUCUGUCUUUCAGGCAUCUGGUAUGAGCUUCAUUUUACGUAAGUCUCCAUCACCAGCCUCAGAUUGGUGUCUCCAGUCCCGGGGGGGCUAAAGAAGGAUCCAAGCAUCCCACCCACCACCAUAAACAGACAUUUCAACCCAAAAAGUUCAGGUUCUAACCUGCUGUUUGUGCCUUCUCCUCCUUUGCAGUCCGCUAGGAGAGACCUUGGUGCAAUCUUCCCAUGGGAGCAGAAGCCAAGCUGCUUUCAAGGCAGAAAGGCAAUGGGACAGCCAGCAAGACACCAAUUCCUCACAAACCCUAUGUCAAAGGUGAAAACUACCUCAAAUUUCUAACUAUCCCGAAAAAAAUACAGAGCCUGGAGCCUCCUGCAGCAACACGACUCCCCUUGUUGUCAGGUUAACCCACCCAGAUGGACCACGCAGGGUGCAAACCCAAUUUUUAUCCAUCCCUGGAAGAACAUCUCAGCAAUGCCAGGGUGGGUGACAGCUUCGCCAUGAAUGUCCCCAAAAAGACCCUUACCUGUUAGGCAGCAAAACGAGAUCCCUGAAGAUUUUUUUAAAGCGUGGGGUGAUUUAACCCACAGGGCUCUUCUACGGUGGGUUAGCACAGGCUGUGUGAGCUCACAGGCGGAUCACAUGUGGGACAGAGGGAAAUAUCAGCCCUAUUUAAGGAAACACGGAGAGGAAUGUGCUGCCUGGUGUCUCCCUGCCAGGGAAAGGCUCAUAUAUGACCCCUCUGUCAGAUCGGUGUCUCCAACGGAGAAUUUGGCUGGAUAAAGCUUCAGAUAAAAUGCUUUGUCAUUUUUGGCGAUGGGAAUAAAUGUCUUUUCGAGAGAGAUGGGGUGUUGGCAGCACAGCAACCAUCCAAGCUCGACCACCUCCUAGGGGCUCAGCACCCACCAGUAGCACAACACUCACCUAACAAGCAGCUUUUUUAUCCCAUUUUCCAGCCUCUUUCAUGGGUUACAAAUGGCCCAGGAACUCCUUCCUAAAUUGCAAUUUUGGAUUACAUCAAAAACAAUCUCACAAACUCACACCUAAGUCGCUGCUGCUUCUCCAAAUGUGGCUGCUCCUUGGUGGCAUUUGCCACAUUGAUAGUUAAUUCCUUUAAAAAAGAACCUUUUUAUCAUGUUUAUUUCUGCUUCAAAGUAGGGAGGAAUGGUAUUUUUGGCUGCUUCACUGUGUGCUCUUAAGUUUUUAUAUUAUCAUCUUCAGGUCCUCAGCCACAUGGUCUGUCCCUCCCCUCCCUCUUCCCCUUGCAUGUGUCCUCUCCUGUCUACUCCAUGCCAGUGCCACCACACCUAUGGGUUGCAAGGGCAAUAAUGAAGGUUUCUGGCCCAAAAAGCAGUAGAAAGAGAAAUUCAAAGCAUAGGGCUGAGAGCCUGGGAUGCUCUGGCCAUUACCCAUAGGUGGGAGAAGGCAGCAAUCCCCUAACCUUGCCUGUUCCCAUGAUAUGAUCCAUAGCAAAUUUCCCAUUUUUAUUUUUGUCAUACUUUUAUUCUUUCACUUUAUUUUUUACCUUUUAAUUUUUACCCUUUUAUUCUUUUACUUCUUAUAUUUUUAUAUUUUUACUUUAUUGUUCAAUUUUCAUUAUUAAUCUUUAUAUAUAUAUUUAUUUUUUUUUUACAUUUUUGGUUUUCUUUGCUUUUUGGGGCAGAUGCUGCAAGGAGAAGCCAUACGGGCUGCAGGCAUCAUCCAAGAAGACCUGGAGAUGCCCAUACCGAACCAGCUACAAAAAGAAAUCAAAUCCUCCAGAGAGUCUCAAGUGGUUUAUUGUGAGCUGGUACCUACCAGUUGCCCAUCCCAUGGUGGGGCAAAAGACAAGAUUUAAUUUAAUUUUAUUUUUUUACAGGUGGCUAAGAAUGAGCAGACAUUAAAGAGGAAUUCAUCGGUGUUGUUAAAGUGCAGUGAAAGGUAAAGACCUUGCUUCCUCCAAGCUCCAGUGGCUUUGGUGAUGUCCCUAAUUGCCCGCCUCCCAUCACAGCUGGCCCCACAAUGAUCUCAAGCACUGGUUUGACCUCCCCACGACUUUUAGGGCUCCCAGUACCUCACUGGGAGCUUCAUGGCAAGAUGAACAAGGAACACGAGGGUCAUCGGACCAGCGAGAGGGAGCCCAGCUCCACCCAGAACCAAGGCCGGAUCCGCUCCCCGGCGAAGGAGGCUGGAGGAAAAGUGAAGAUGGGGACUUUGUUCUCAACGUCAAAAAACGCCACCUCCCCCCACUCGUAGUCUAGAGAGAUGCGGAUCUUUUUGGGGACCCGUGGCAGGUUCAGGAGGGUCGGAGGGGAGGUGAGGGCUCGGUUCUUGAAUCCCCAUUGCUGCACGGCCCAGAUCCCUUCUUCGGGAUUAAAACUAACGGGUCCC